GCCCGUCAAGUUCGAUUUACUGACAGCGGGUGUUUUGACGUCGCGUGCGUUGUUGCUAAAUGGACGUAGUUCGUAAAUUAGCCAAAGCUCUAGCCUCUAACCAAGAUAAAGUGAGGCGAAAGGCACAAAAGCAAGUAAGAGUACUCCUAUCAAAGAAAUCAUUCAAUGGAAAAGAUGAUUGGACUUACGAGCAGUUGUUAGGCAUUUGCAAAGGUCUUCACUACAGUUUAUGGAUGCAGGACAAGUUGUUGCUGAAGGAACAAACGGUCGUCCGGUUAUGUAACAUAUUACCCAAUAUUGAGGACAACACUGUCACUUUGUAUUAUUCUUAUGCCAUGUUUGAAACACUAGCAAGAGAAUGGGAUAACUUAGAUUACUGGAGGGUAGACAAAUUUAUGCUGCUCGGACGAGAAUUUUUUACGAGAGGUCUUCAGUUCAUUUCUUGUAAAAAACCUGAAAUUUUACCUUCUUUUGUGGAGGCCAUAUUCACCAAGAUAUUGAACAAUGACAUAAAUCAUGCUGUUGGUCUAAAAAUACAUUUCUGUACUCUAAUAGGUGAAGAACUUCCGAAAAAGGUAUGUAUCUUUAAGUGUUUAACUAUAGGAGAAUGGCAGAACGUGAAAAUGUUAUCUGUGCAGUUAGUCUUUCAGUAUCUCCUGGUUUUACUAGCUUCCCUACCGAAACACAACAUUUACGCUCACAGUGUCCUAUCUCUGAUUACUCGGAUAACAAAGCUUAUUCGAAGACGUCCCCAAUGUUGUUUGGAUCGUAUUAUGAAAUGUCUUGAGAAUAUUUUAAGCAAAGAUUCCUCCUACAGAAACGCUUUAAAACGAGUCGACACAAAUCUAAAAAGAAUUCUGGCAAAUAGAGAAGCUACAUCAGUAGCAACCGAUGAACAGAUUCCCACGUUAUGCACAGAGUCGUCACCUGAGACGACAAAUAUCGUCCCCAAUACUUGUGAGAAUAUAAAUAGUGAAGGCGGUUCAUCAGAGCUUAAAGUGAGUAUUCCUGAUAAAUUUGACUUGUUUCAGAUCGAAAAGAAGAAAAUUCCGAAGGUUUUAAAGAGGAAAAAACGGGUGAUUAAAAAACGUUUAUAUGCUGAGACCGCUAAUGUAAAUCACUACUUACUUUCCAACUACUUUUAGCCCGUAAAUGUAGAGUUCAGCAAUCAAGCUGAUAAUUUUGUCGAAGAAUCAUGUCCGAAGAGAAUGAAGUCUGAAAUACCCACAAAGUCUGUUGACGAAUGCACAGCAGUUCCAUGUGUAGUUCCUGAUUCUCCAUGCCCUGUUUCAGCAUGUGAUGAUGAAUCCAAACCAAACAUCGGUCAGUUUAUAUCUCCUAAUGUUUCAAUAAGUGGCAACUCUGCUUCUGAAGAAAAGUGUACUUCAAACACUCCGCUUUCUUCUGAAAGACGUGUAUCCUUUGGUAAGGUAUUUCGUAAGAGUAGGUUUACUGCACAGUUUUCGAUAAUGUAAAUUUUAGAAUUUAACUCAGCUCGUUGCAUCUCCCUAACCCCACCGGUUAGUGUUAUUCCAGCCAAGGGAAUUUUAAGAAGUAACAAAUCUAUAGCUGACGAAGCGAAAGCUAACGUUUCGUUCUAAUUUAAGUUGUAAUUUUGUACAUAUAAAUGAAAUAAACACAAUGUUUAUA